AUGAACCUCGCUCAGCGACUCAAUGAACUCGCCCAAGCAAACUCUGAUGGUCUUCUCAGCGACGACGAAUACCGCCUGCUCCGCCAAAGCGCGUUUGAACAGUACUCGGAACCCCUCGUCAUCCCAGUCGAGAAACCAGUAGGACCGGCCGUGCCUGUCGUCCUCGUCCGCAGUGGCUCCCAACACAAAUCAUCGUCUCCCGCCAAACCACAGCCCAUCGAAACCACCCCCUCCAAGCUAACCACCUUCAUACGACGCGCAGCGGGUCGCAAUGCAUCUCGUGAACGCCCUUCGACAGCUGGAGCACGCUUCCACGACCCCACACCAAGUCCGACACCACAAGACCCAUUCACACCAGCCAAACGCGGUCUGAUUCCCCGCAUCUUCCACAAGAAACCACACGAUCUAUCCCCCCUCCAGACAAACUUUACUCCAAAAUUUAUCACUACACUCGCGGUUCAGUCACCUCUCUCCACUGCCAGCACGUCACCUCCUACUCCAAACCGAUUAAAAUCCAAACUCUCCGCGUUCACGGCAGCGCGUAAACUCGCUCAGGCCCCCGUCCCCAACUCUCCUGUAGCAUCAACAGGUAGCAAUGGAUCCUCCAACGACAACCCAGCAACAAGCAAAGAAAUCCGGGAUAUGGUUCUCUCAACCGAGGCCGAACUCGAGAGACUCGUCGACGCCUUCGACGCGCUCGAGCAAGGCGUAAUACGGCGAAUCAAGAAACGUAACGCGAGGAGACUUCCAGCAGUCACUCCUCCAAACGUAAAUGUCCUACUCGAAGGUCGCGAUUGGCGGGGCGAAUUAAAGCACCACCGAAUGUCGCCAUCCGUGUCUACCCCUCUCUUUGAUCCCAGAACGCGUUCGUCUUCCUUCAACUCGCCCGCUGCCAUCGCCCCCUCUUUAUCGAUGCCCCGGUAUAUCACACUCGAACAGCCACCCCUCACAAGCGACAGACUCUCGGUUCACUCGGGGCACUCCGAUCGCACUUCUUUCUCCUUCUCUCACUCCAGAUCUAUACCCUCCCUCCCGAAACAAACGACCUCACCAAGUAGCCCUCUUUCCCCGCACUUCCGAAGUCCACCUCCUAGCUCUCUCAAGCGCAAGGCAUCACUCUCGUCCGUCUCCUCCCGGGGAACAAGUGCAUUCUCAGCACUCGGUGGCCGAUUCGGUGCUGCAUCAGCAACUCAGCUACCCCUGUCUCCCUCAUCCCAAUCCCACGUACGCGGAGGUUCCACAGACGACGACUCGCUCAUCCUGCUAGACGGACUUAAUCUGACGGACGACGAUCCUGACCAGGACCAUCUUACCGAACUGAACGAAAUACGCCAACGCAAGAAGGAAGUCAUCGCUCGGUAUGCACAACGCAUCGAAUACCUCAAGGCUAAACAGAAAGGCGCCGAACUGCACGAGAAGUUACUUCGCAAGUGAAUACAUCUUGGACCUUUUUCUCGGUUUCCGUCCGGAAUUUGAUUUUCUCUGGUUUCUUGUUUCUUAACCGGCCCCCGGAUUUCACAGUUUACCCUGGUCCUUGGUCAUCCUAUCCUUUCGGUAUCCCCUAAUGUCGACCACACUGACAUGAAACAUCAUCCAUCGUAUCGGCAGCGACCAUUCCUCUUUUCCUCCUCGGGUUUCCUAUUCCAUUCCAUUCUUUUUCGCUUUUGGGUUCUCGGGUCGAUUCUACACUACUUCUC